GGACGUCUGGUCCAGAUGGCCUCUGUGUAUCGUGGCGGUCCAGUAAAUAACACACUGAUCUCACAGCACACGCAGACGCUGAAGUGUGUAUCAGCACACACACCUCGAUGCGCUCUCCUCGACCUGCGUCUGAUAUCUCCACCUGGUCCGGUGUUCAGGCAAGGCCUGGAUCUCAAAGCACGUAAAGCAGCGGAGGCAGCGGAGCGUUCAGGUACUGAUCCGGACGGGAUGAGCGGCUCGCGGUUAGCUCUUCUCUGUCUGAUGGGCCCCCUGCUGGUUGGGGGCCAGAAUGACACGGAGCCCAUCGUGCUGGAAGGGAAGUGUUUAGUGGUUUGCGACUCCACGCCGACCACAGAACCCGCCGGGAACGCUCUGGGAAUGUCGGUGCGCUCCGGGAGCGGCCGCGUCGCCUUCUCGGCCGUGAGGAACAACAACCACGAGCCGUCGGAGAUGAGCAACCGCACCAUGACCAUCUACUUCGACCAGGUUCUGGUGAACGUUGGGAGUCAUUUCGAUCCGGCACGGAGCGUUUUUGUGGCUCCUAGGAAAGGAGUGUACAGCUUUAGUUUCAACGUGGUGAAGGUUUACAACAGACAAACUAUACAGGUGAGCCUGGUGUUGAACGGUUGGCCGGUGAUCUCAGCCUUCGCCGGCGAUCAGGACGUGACCCGCGAGGCAGCGACUAACGCCGGACUGGUUACGAUGGAGAGAGGAGACAAGGCCUACCUCAAACUGGAGCGAGGAAACCUGAUGGGCGGCUGGAAAUACUCCACCUUCUCCGGCUUCCUGGUCUUCCCCUCAUAGAAAGAAGUUCUCACACGCUCCGCUGGGCUUCCUCCUCCUCCAUCUUCUCUGUUUGCAUGAACCUGCCUGUCGAGGGACGCAUGUUACACGGCACUCCCCACUAACAAGAUACUAAACGGGUUCCUUUUUGACGGAUCUCCAGUGAACGGUGCUAGACCUUCAGAUUGUGGUGAACAUCAUCUCAGGAUGUCAGAGUAAAUAUCACAUCGUUUCAUUUUGAAUGUGCGAAAAAUUGCAAUCCUUUUCAAUUAACAUUAAAUAAAAAUAAGAAUAAAACUAGGACACACUUAAAACAUUGGAAUUCAUUCAGGUUGCACACAAGAAAUCCAGAAAAGUAUUACUUUUUUAGCAUUUUACAUAUAUUUUCGCUAACAAAACAUAUAUCCAUUGGGCGAAUGAUGAUACAUGAUUUCAGUCGUUCGAUGCCGGUGUGAAAGUCAUGACAUAACUGAUGUUAAAACUAAUUUUGCCAACUGUACGAUAAAAUGAUGAUGUUUUGAAGCAUGAAUGAAUCUAAAAUGAUCCCUCCUUUGCUUUUAAACAAUAGAUGAAAGAGUAUAGAUUUAUGAUACUGGUUGUUAUAAAAACAGUCAUUGAUUGAUGUUCUGGCGAAUCCCUACAUGAAAACUAGUAUUAGUUUAUGUUACAGACACCAGACUCUGAGGUCUCUCUCUGUGUUCUGAAGGUUCACCUGAGUUCUCUUCUUACCCUUCUUCUGUCGAUUACAAUACACCUGACAUGUUUUUAUGGUUUGUUUUCUCUAAACGAGUUUGUUUCUCCACUUCUCCACCAAAAUUUACAGUUUAAUAUUCUAAGGGUUUUUACUUGGUUUUUUACUAAUGCUAAAAUGGUAUGCAUUUUCUCUCUGGUUGUAAAUGCAUUUCUGAUUGAUUAAAACACAAGUUUUUCUUCCUGUAGAACAAUUCCAUUAAAGUACGUAUCUGCUA